AUGACCUUCACACUCCACCUGAAGUCCCGCCUUCCCUCUGCUCUGAGGAGUUUGAUUCUACAGAAGAAACCAAACAUCAGAAACAUGUCCAGCAUGGCUAGGGGGGAACUAAAACCAGACAGUGUGGUGGUCCUGCCCAGGUCCCUUGCUCCAGCCUUGGAAAAGUUCUGCCAGGUCAACAGUGGCCCUCUGCCGCUGCUGGGCCAAAGUGAGCCAGGCAAGUGGACAUUGCCUCCUCAGGGAGCCCAUGGUGCCUGGCAUGGAGCCUCACUCAUGACUGUUGCUUUGGAAGGGGCUGCCGUUUCGCAUGUCCACCCCUACCCCUGUCCCCUGCCCCUGCCCUGGGAAAAAUCUUUGGGACUACCGAGAAAGUCCAGCCCUGGACAGAUCCCAGUGGCACUGCCAUCCGUCCACUUCAUCACCCAAGCUAGAAACCUGACUCCACAGGAUUAA